UGGGGGUUGGACUGGGGCAUCCUGAGAUUAGUUUGCUCCAUUACCACCCUGAGCAGCAGCAACUCCUUGCUUCCUUGGGUUGCAUUUGUUCAUCCUCUUUUCUUCCUCAACUAGGUUGCCAGUCGGUGUUUCAGCUUUCCAAACCUCACACAAUUCCAGCUAGGAUAUCACUCUAUCAACUCUUGCCCAUGUCCAUGUAUUGCUCUUCUAUGCCCCUGCUCCCUUUCAUCAACCACAGCAAACCUUGCCAGCUCAAGUCACAUCAACACCUAAACCCCUGAGGUGGGAGCACAGGUUUGGGAGCAGCAGGGGAGAGGGAGGUUGCCAAAGCAGCGCGUUGGCGGCAGUGGUGCGGGCGAUGGGGUUUGUGCCACAGCUGAGUGAAGAGCAGAGGUGGGAGCUGCCACUGCUGCUGGCCGUGCUAGGUGGGGCAGUGGUGGCAGAGCGUGGCACUGCUGGGGAGCCCUUUGCCUUGUGCAGAGCUGAGGUGGUUCACAGGCACGGCCUGGAUGGACAUAACUGACUUCAGAGGACUUGGUCCUGUCCGUGUGAGUACGUGCUCACCUGGGAUCUGUGCGGACAGCACUUCUUAAAGAAUCACAGUUUCCGUAGGACCAGUAAAAAUGGGAAGUACUGGAUUCUGGUUUCCUCCAAGAAGAGUCAGCGGAACUGGUUAAGACCAAAAUCUGAGGACUUUAGUGGGCAAACAUCAGUCCCCUUUUGCUUUCUUUUACGACCACAUGAAACUUGAGAAGCCAUCUAAAGCUAAAUCAUUUAGUGGAGUUGGGCAAUUCCCAAGUGUCCAACAAGAAGGCCUGGUUUAGGCUGCGAUGGCCACUGUCAUUCCUGGUGAUUUGUCAGAAGUAAGAGAUACCCAGAAAGUCCCUUCAGGGAAACGUAAGCGUGGUGAAACCAAACCAAGAAAAAACUUUCCUUGCCAACUGUGUGACAAGGCCUUUAACAGUGUUGAGAAAUUAAAGGUUCACUCAUACUCUCACACAGGAGAGAGGCCCUACAAGUGCACACAACAAGACUGCACCAAGGCCUUUGUUUCUAAGUACAAAUUACUAAGGCAUAUGGCUACUCAUUCUCCUGAGAAAACCCACAAGUGUAAUUAUUGUGAGAAAAUGUUUCACCGAAAAGAUCACCUAAAGAAUCACCUACAUACACACAAUCCCAACAAAGAGGCCUUUAAGUGUGAAGAAUGUGGAAAGAACUACAAUACCAAGCUUGGGUUCAAACGUCACCUGGCUUUGCAUGCUGCAACAAGUGGUGACCUCACCUGUAAGGUAUGUUUGCAGACUUUUGAAAGCACAGGAGUGCUGCUGGAGCACCUAAAAACUCAUGCAGGCAAGUCAUCGGGUGGAGUGAAGGAGAAAAAGCACCAGUGUGAACACUGUGAUCGUCGGUUCUACACCCGAAAGGAUGUCCGCAGACACAUGGUAGUGCACACUGGAAGAAAGGACUUCCUCUGUCAGUACUGUGCACAGAGAUUUGGGCGGAAGGAUCACCUCACACGCCACAUGAAGAAAAGUCACAACCAAGAACUUCUGAAGGUCAAAACAGAGCCAAUGGACCUUCUAGAUCCCUUUACCUGCAAUGUUUCUGUGCCUAUUAAGGAUGAGCUGCUUCCAGUGAUGUCUUUACCUUCCAGUGAACUGACAUCAAAGCCAUUUACAAACACUUUGCAAUUAAAUCUCUACAACACUCAGAUUCAGUCCAUGCAGAGUUCUGCAUCUGCACACCAAAUGGUUGCCACAUCGUUACCAUUGGGAAUGCCUUGUCCAAUAGAUAUGGAGUCUGUCCACCCUUCUCACCAGCUAUCGUUGAAAUACCCGCUCGGUACUACCUCAUACUCAAUUUCUAUGCCUGAAAAAGAACAGCCAUUGAAAGGGGAAAUUGAAAGUUACUUAAUGGAGUUGCAAAGUGGUAUGCCUUCUUCAUCCCAGGAUUCUCAAGCAUCUUCAUCAAAACUAGGGCUGGAUCCACAAGUAGGGCCACUAGAUGAUGGGUCUGGGGAAGUUUCCCUUUCCAAGGGCUCCGUUCCUAUUAGUGAACCUCUAAAUGCCCCAUCAUUGGACUUUUCUCAGCUGUUCAACUUCAUACCUGUAAAUGGCCCUCCCUAUAAUCCUUCUGUUUCAGUGGGAAACCUUGGGAUGAGUUAUACGCAAGAGGAGGCACAUUCUUCUAUGACUCAACUCCCACCACAAACCCAGGAUCCACAAGAUCCCAGCAAUAGUAUAGGUCUUGGGUCUCUGCACUCAUUGUCAGCAGCUUUCACAAGCAGUCUAAGCACAACCACCACCCUACCACGAUUUCAUCAAGCUUUCCAAUAGGAUGUACAAAGCUGGCUUGUUAACUGUCUAUUUGUAGAAAUGCCUUAGGUGACCAUUUUUAACUUAGUGCCUACUAUAAGACAUUAUAAAUUCUCUGCUUUUGUACAGUACCAAUCUCAUGAAGCCAGUAAGAAAUUUAAAUUAACUUUUUAAAAAUGUUUUGAAAGUGUUUAUUCUCAGCUGUGUUUACUUUGGUUUGUUGGUUUUUUUUAACAGUCUCAUUGUAUUGUUUUCAUUUUCACUGCCAAUUUACACAUUCAAAAUGUUCAGUAGAAAGUCAUCCCAAGCAAACUCACAACACUCAUCCCGUUUCUAAAACUUUUUCAACCAUACCAGCUAUUCUGUUUUAUUGAUGUCAGUGGUAGAACUGCCACUUUUACCUUUUAAUAUAUUCUUCUAUUUGCAAAUAAUCCAUUUAAAAUAUGUAUCACGAGGAUUCCUGAGAUUUGGGAAAAAAAUUCUCCAGUCUGUUUCCAAACGAAUCCUCUUCCCAAAUGGUGACACAUCUGACCUGUUCUAUAAUGACAAAUCUAAAUUUUUUAAAUGAAUAUAGAAUUCAGAUUUUUCUGAAAACUUGUGUGUGUAUAUAUAGAAGUCCAUAUAUACACAUGUGCAUAUAUAUAGCAUUUUGACUUGUAUUGAAGUCAUUAUAAAAGUUGUUAAGAAUUUUGCCAUUUUCUGGCUUAAAUUUUGGUGGCCUGUUAUGGAUAACAGAAGAAAAAAAAUUAGUGUAAUUCUCUAAAAUUAGGGCUGAACAGAAUUUCGACAGAGAAUCUCUGCUUGCCUAAAUGACAGAUGUUUCAAGUUGAAUUUGAAACUGUUGUGCUUUCGUGACUCUGGUAUAGGGAAACAGGCAAAAUUAAUGGCUGAUCUUGAAAUAUAAAAGUGUUGUAAUGUAGUAAUGCAGAAUAUUUUGUUGCAGUUUUUGUUUUAAUUCUUAACUUGCUGGUUUUUUUCUCUUUAGUAGCAUAGAAAGAGUACUGCAUAGGAACCUUCCAGUAGCGUGUUCACGUUUGUAGGCGUCAGUCUUCUCCCCGCUGCCACCGCCAAAGGGUGGAUCAAGUCCAGCCAGAAAGUGUGUACCUAUUUUCAGUUCAAAACUAGUGUGCAGUCAGAAAGUGAAUGUAAAUUUGCAACUACCAGUUUGUUUUGUUUUGUUUUUAUUGGAGUGAUCUUUUCAGUUGUGUUACAUGGUGUGUUAUGUCCUCCUAAGCAACAAGUUAGAUGUUAAUUACACUUUCUACACCUGGGUACUUGGUUAGGGACUUUUUGCCCAUUGCCAAGAUUUAAAGACAGGACUCUUAGGAGUGAAGUAAAAGCAUAUUGCUUACACCACUUUUACCUAAUGCAAUAUAUAUUCUAUCCCCCAACCCCUAAUAACCAAAAGAGGAAAAAAAACCCUAAAAAAACAACCAACCCUGUGAUGCGUAAAAGCAAACUAGAUUUGCUGUAAUUCAACAAUAACAUUCUUUUCCUUGUCAUUUUUGUACAAGGAAUUAAAAAACGGAAAUCGAGUACAUUAGUAUCUCUCAAACAAUAAUGAGAAUUCAUACAAGGUUUUAAGUGGUUAAACUGAAUAUACUUCACAGAAACAAAAGUUGCUCCCAUUUAAGGAGCUCAUGCUCCGGAUGUUUUAUCAGUAGCUCCUACUGGUUUUUUUAAUGCUAGGAGCAAUAUGCAGGUGUAGUUUUACUAUUUUAUACAUAUGUGUAUUUAAAUUUUAUUACUAAAAAAUAACAUUUUUAUAAAUGUGUUUAUGUUCCAAAGGCAUUAAAAUAAGGAUGUAUUAAUAAGGAAAAUACCUUUUGAAAUUCUGCAAACUACUCCUAGAUUUUGGUUUUAGGAGCAUGUUAUCUCAAAGUGGGCGUUUAGCUCUGCUUCACGACUGCUUCCUCUGGUUUCUGUGAAACAGAUUGCUCGCUUGCUUACAUCUUUAGUUGAAUGAUUUGUUCAAUAUUGCUUUUUUUCCAUUCACCUUUCUAAAGGAAAGAAAAACACAGAUGAACAGAGCACAAGCUGAAUGCAACCGAAUGUAGCUCUAGUUUACAUGAACGACCGUAAUGCAUCUAAGAAAAACUUGGAUUUAUUCUCAAUCCUUUUAAUCUGAGAUGCAGAUAAAUGGACUUAAUUCCUCCAGUGGGUUAUGCCGAGCAUCUGCAACUCUCCCUGCCGCAGAGGAAACUGCAGGUGCUUGGCAUCCUGCAGCUGGCCCAGCAGCGUGGCCGGGCAGCGCUGCCCUUCCUGGGCAGCCUGUGGCAGACAAAUUUCCAGUCUGGAGCCACUUGUUAUCAGCCCCAGCUGCUGAAAGACUUAAUAAAAACCAAAACCCACAGACACUUUGCCAACACUUGUUUCUUAGUGCAAAGCCAGAACCCUUACUACCUUGUUUGUGCCUUAGCUUCCUGAAAAGGGAUUGACAUUUCACUUGGAGUUAGAUAUACAUUUCACUUGAGAAAUGGAGACCUCAGACAAGAUAUUGAACCUCAUUCAGUCAGGGUUUCAGUGGGUGACUGCACCCAGAGUGUUUGCAGCUGAACUAGGAUGUAGGGUAACAUGGAAGCAGACUGACCCUUUAAGCAAUACCAACACCACCAGAGUGCUUUUGAGCAUCACUUAGGCAGAGUCAAUAUUGGCCACUACUAAACCAUCAGUUUUUAAACCCCGUUUUCUUGAUUUCCCAUGGAUUCUUGGUGGGAGGGGGGAGGGCUGGCUGAUCAUGCACCACUCUUUGUGCAACUUCUAAACUUCUAGUAAGGUUGUUUUGUUGUUGUUGUUUUUUUUUUUUUUAAUAUAUAUAUUUUUGUGUACUUGUUGCUUGUGCUUUAUUUAGUAGUAAAUUGUGGAAUAGAGUGAUUUAUUGUUAAUUUGGCAGUAGCGGUUUUUAAAAACCUUAUACUGACUGAAACAUGAGCCAGAGCUGAUUGCUUUAUUAAGCUAAUAAUGAAUGUUAAGAGUACAUAUUUUCAGGAUCAUUUGCCUAGUGAGCUAAACUUGUAUUAUAGGCCAAUAUUUUUUAAAAUAAAGCUUGGUCAACCUCUAUGUUACACAUAUUACAAGAUAUAGCACUUUCAAAAAGAAAACCUAAACCUUUUAAGAAGAUUUCUUACAGGUUAUGCUUUUUAUUAUAAAACCUUUUAUUAUAAUUUGUUUCAAGUGCCAUUAGAUUACAUAUAUGUAGGCCUUUGGUAUAAUGCUUUGUGUACAAAAUGGUAGACAUUGUAAUUUUAAACAGGUACAUUUUUACAGUGUUUUCUUAUCAAUUUGCUAUAUUGCACAGAACCAGUGUGUCUUUCUUAAGGGUUUUACAAUGGUUUUUACUAGGUUUACAUGUUUCAAACUACACUGUCUUCUACUGCCAUUUUGAAUACCAGUCAAAAACAAUUAGGAGUUUGUCCUCACCAUUUGCAAACUGUCUUCUGGAGUUCUCGACGGUAAACUUUGUCAAAAAUAUUUAACAUGCAGUAUUUGAUGCAGUUUUUUUUAUCACAUCCUAUCAUCGCUAUGCUGCUGUCUGAAGUUAACUUUGGGCCUGAUCCUGCAUCCGUAAAUGCUAUGGGGAUCCUGCAUCCUUUGUUAUGUCUGUCUCAUACACUGGUUUAGCAGCUUCUCCUGUAUUCUUCUCAGUCUAUAGAUAAGCCUCUGAAAUAUAUGUACUUAUCUGGUAUGUAGUAAACCAUUAUAGGCUUAGCUGCCCGUCCUGCUUCCCCCCAGUGUACGUUUUAAACCACAGCUUACUUAGCAUCAUGCUCAACUUACAAGUAAUGCCACAGUAGUUCAAAAUGUGUUUGGGUAGUCCCAAAGCUUUUAUGCAAUAAGGGUGUCUUACUUUUGUUGGAAGGCAGUGUCUUUUGAUAACAGUUAUCUAGCCCUGGAAGUGACACAGAACUAUUGCUAAUCAUAUGUAAACACUUUUCAGUAUAAGCUUCAGUGGUACAGUUGAACCAGAGUGAAUGUUUAUCUCCUCAGAAACACUCCUGCAAUAUUGUUAUAUUGGAUCAUGCUGCUAAUGUAACUUGGGAUACAACUCCUCUCAUGGUGCUACAAACCUCCCUGUCUCAUUCAGAUGUAUUUUUACCCAUAGAAAAAAAAGGACUAUACUAGACCUAUAGUGGUAUGAUAUAUUUUUAUACUGUGACGUAAUUUGUCAUUAAUGAACUUUUGUGCAACACCACAAUGUAUUCAUAUGCACUUGCAAAAGUAAAAUUUUGGACAUGCAAAUUUAAACGCUGACAAGCCCAGCUCUUGUUCACAAAAAUAGGUGACUGCUAGUUAAUGUUAAAUGUGGGCUUUUUAUAUGGUGUGGAGUGAAGAACAUACUAUAUGUUACUAAAAGCCUCAGACAAAAACUGGGAAGAGUAUAUUGGUGAAUGAUGUCACAUCCAAACCUGACUCAGAUUGCUGAAAUUAUAUUUUUAGCUAGUGGAAAAAUUGUUUGGACUUGUAUGCUAAAAUGUUUUUAAUGAUAAAAGUUUUGAGUCAAAAAAAAAAUAGAGGAAAAAAAAAAAAGAACACAGAAAACCCUGCAUUCCAGACUGAAUUUGUAUAUGUUUCUUGCAUUUAAAAUUUGCUAUCCUGUGAUAUGGGAAAUUGAGUUGCUUAUCAUGUAUAUGUACUUUAAAGUGUAUUCACAAACUACUGUUGUAUUUGUAUAAAAUAUAGACAAAAAGAUUGCAUAUAUAUUUUUGUGUAUAAGCUCUGUAAAAUAGCAAUCACGUUAUGAAGCUGCAGCAGAACUUCAUUUUAAACAUUCACAUCCAAAGAAACAGACUAUUUAUUGUCCACAUACCCUGAUUAUAAAAUAUACCUUGCUGCUAUUAAACAAUAGUGCUGCAGCUUCUUGUGGCCUACAGUGUUAUGUUUGCUGUACAAAAAUAUGUGAACUCCACAAAAUAUAUCAAUAAAAUUACAGAAUGGUUUUAGUUAAUGAA